AUGACUUCCAAGCUCAUCCCUUCAGAUCCCUCCAAGGUGAUGGUGAUUCGACAGGUCACCCCAAACAUUACGACGUGCUCGGCGCCAUUCCUUCGAUUCGGUAGACUCAAGGUCGGUGGGCGAGGCACUAUUGUACGACUCCAGUCCGGCGCCCUCGCAGUCUUCUCUCCCACCGCUCUCACACCCGAAGUCCGCUCUACAGUCGAAUCCAUGGGGAACAAAGUUGGAUACAUUGCUGCAGGGGAUUACGAGCACCAUAUUUUCAUCACCGAGUGGGCCAAAGCAUAUCCAUCAGCCAAGCUCCUAGGUGUCGAAGGCCUGGCAGAGAAACGUGAAAAGAAUCAAGCUACUGCCGGCAGCAAAUUCCAGCAUGUAUGGACACAGAAGAAUAAGGCAAACAUGAAAGUCGACCCGGAAUUCGACGAAGAAUUCGACUACGAGUAUGUGGGAAGUCAUGCAAACAAGGAGCUAGUCCUUGUUCACAAGCGUGACAGGACGUUGAUAGAGGCGGAUAUGAUGUUCAAUCUCCCCGCGAAGGAACAAUUCUCUAGGACCGGCGAAGAUCCAACGUCCGGCAUCUUGACAAGAUUAUUCAUUGGUUUACAAAAUACAAUGGGACCUGCGAAAUGGCAGAAGAGAUUCCUUUGGUACGUUGCAAGUGCGGGAGAUCGUCAAGGUUUCAAUCAGAGUGCGAGGAAGAUUGCUAGCUGGGACUUUGACAGGAUAAUUCCGUGCCACGGCGACGUGAUCGAAAGCGGUGGAAAAAGCAUCUUCAAGAAAGUUUUUGAUUGGCAUCUGAACGCUUCAGUCAAGUAG